AUAUCAGGGGGGUCAAAAUCGGAGCCGCCGCUCUGGUAAAAGAGGAGGAGGACGAGGAGCUGGAUGGUCAGGCGCUGGAUUUCGGGGAAGUCUGCAAGGAAACAGAGGAAGUCAAAGCCAGAGGGGACACGCCGGAGGGUCGGAGAGGACGGAGCAGACCACAGCUGAGGGCCUGAAGAUCGUCCUCCGGAGCGGAAACGUCCAGGACCAGACUACUGACGUCAUCGUCAACACCAUCUCAGAGGACAUGAACCUGAGACAGGGGGCCGUGUCCAGUGCCAUCCUGCAGGCGGCGGGGCCACGCCUGCAGUCCGCCGUCCGCUCUGAAGCCAAGUCCACCGCGCUGCGGCACGGAGACGUCAUCAUCACCGACGGCUUCGACCUCAAGUGUCAGAAAGUCUUUCACGCUGUCUGUCCAUAUUGGAACAGCAGAGCCGGUCAGGUCGAGGAGGAGCUGAUGUCCAUCAUCACUUACUGUCUGGAGGAGGCUGAAAAGAGUCGCAUGGCGUCGCUGUCCUUCCCCGCCAUCGGCACGGGGAACCUGGGCUUCCCCAGGGACGUGGUGUCCAGAGUCCUGCUGCAGGAGAUCCACGCGUUCAGCCGCAGACGAGCUCCUCGCCAUCUGAGCGAGGUCGCCAUCGUCGUUCACCCGAGCGACAGCCAAACUGUGGAUUGUUUCAGCAGAGCGUUCAAAGGUCAGACUGCUCCCCGAAUCCAACACCAAGCUCAAGAAUCGAAAGAGUCACCAGUCAGGCCGCCACUCAGCCAAUCUCAGCAGCCUGCAGCCUCCUUCGGUCAGGUGUCGUCCCCGUCCCUCGGUGUGUAUCGGGUGCAGUUGGGUCAGCUCGCCCUUGAGGUGUCGUCUGGUGACAUCACCAAGGAGGCCUGUGAUGUCAUCAUCAACUCCUCCAAUCAGGACUUCACCCUUAAAUCAGGAGUUUCGAAGGCGAUCUUAGACGCCGCCGGAUUAACAGUUGAGCUCGAGUGCUCGCAGAUCGUGCGUUCUCCGGAUUACCAGCCCGGCCCGUUCAUCCUGACGUCAGCCGGCCUGCUGCCCAGCAGACACAUCGUCCACGUGGUCGGCCGGAACGAUCCCGCCAAGAUUAAAGACAUCGUUUACUCGGUGCUGAAGUUCUGCGAAGAGAACAAGCUCAACUCCGUCUCCUUCCCGGCGCUGGGAACAGGUCUGUGCAGAACCCCAAAAUAUAUUACACGUUACUUUUAUCACGGGAAGCCCUAA